AUGAAGAAAAUGGAAGACUUGGAAUCCGGUUUUGAGGAAAUGCAGGGUGUAAAGCUUGGCUAUUUGGUUAUCAAAGGUAAACAAAUGUUUGCCCUUUCUCAAGUCUUCACCGACCUCUUGAAAAAUAUUCCGCGGACUACUGUACACAAACGAAUGGACCAUUUAAACGUGAAGAAGCAUCACUGUGAUUUAGAGGAAUUGCGAAAACUGAAAGCAAUAAAUUCUAUAGCUUUCCAUGCAGCAAAAUGUACACUGAUUUCAAGGGAGGACGUUGAAGCACUGUAUUUUUCAUGUAAAACCGAGCGCGUCCUGAAAUCAAACAAAAGAAGAGAAAAGACAAAAAAUUCCGAGAAAUUGUGCGAAGACAAAAACCACACCGCUGCCAAAAGUGACUUUUGGAGAGAGAAAGUUUGGUUAAGUUUGCAUAGCGUCCCACAGACCUUCUCAUUCAAAAAGAAAGCUGUUCGACAAGAGACUGCCCCUCGCCCUCACUCAAAUCUACCUCAAGUUUACAGUAAGUCUUUCGUCCGUGACUUUCCACCGGUCACAAAGUCGGCAUCCAAACCCUUUAAAAACUAUGAAACUGCACAAAUACACGAAAACUGUGUGGCUUUUAAUCAGAAACACGCGUUUAUUCGGCACGUCGUGAACCGGCAGCCGCUGCUCUACCAGUCCGCCAUUGCAGCGCAGUCAAAGCACCAAGGCAACGCAGACCUACUUUACAAAAGGAAGAGGAAGCGCGAGAACAGCGCGAGGCAGUUUUGGUCGAGGAGCAGACGCAGCUGCCCGGUUUUGGUCGUCCCCAAGUGCUGUAAACCAAACGGAUCUUUAACCCAGUUUCACCACCUCGAGCAUGGAUUGUACGUCGACCCUCGGCAUACUGGACAUUUUCAGGAAAGCUGCAGCAGUGAUACGGACGCGAGUUCCAUUUCAGAACGGAUAAACAACGACUCGGAUUUUGGAUCGAGUUUCUCCACAAGCAGCAACUCCGGUACAUCAGACGAAGAGGAGGAUGACUCCCUCUCGGAUUCUUCAGAUGUCAGUAGCGAUGACGAGAGCUCAUCGCAGUCUGACUCGAGCUCUGUGUCCAGUCAAGUUUCUGUGCAGAGUAUUCGGUUCAGGCGUGCACGGUUCUCAAGCCUCAACACAAAAGCACCGCUAGUCUUACAGCCUACUUUUCACUACAGGCCUAAUUUACAACACAUAUCUACAAACCAAGGAGGAACGACUAUUCUGGAUUGUCAACGAGGUGACAAAACACAAAAACCGGACUUCAAGGAUAGCCGCAAGGAUAGUGACGGUGCAAAUGUCCAAAAGUUCUGCCCGGUGGUGGCCUGUUUCCCCGAUGUGAGAGAAAACAGGGUUUCUGAACGAGUGUCACACCUUGAGUUUUCAAGCGAUCCAAAGACAUCAGACUCUAGCAGAAUUAAAGAAAAUGGCCUUACACCUAUUGCAAAUGGAAAUAAGGCGUUUCCCCAACAAAGAAUACCAAACAAAUGCCCCCAAGCCUUGGUAUCACACUGUGCUCCGGACAAAGGGAUAACGGUUUGUAGGUCUUCUGACAGCAAACUUUCAUUAGCAGCAAAUGCCAAGAGAGAAGCAAAAACUUCCCUCAAACUGCCCUCACCUCUAAAAUCUAUCAAAGCAGAGACAGAGGAGCCCGUCUCGACCUCAGGUUCAAACAAUGAGGGAAACGCGGCGACAAAAACGCCACCUUUCUUACUUAGUAAUGUGAAAAUUAAAGUUGAGGAUACCUUUGACGAAUACGAAUAUGUAAAUCAAUGCAAGGAUAACGAUGCUGACGGCAAGACCAUCAGAAACUAUUUUAAGGAAAGCGACCACUGCAAAGACACGAUUAAAACCACAGAAAGCUCUGUUCAAAAACAUCCGGCCUAUAACGAGGAAUCAAGAAGCACUUUAAACACUCCUUGUUCCGACGAAGGAGAUUGUAAAAUUGUAGCAAAGGGCAGAAGAAACUUUAGAACAAUGCUUCUGGUUAGAAAAAGCGAAAGGACAUCAUCUAGAUCAAGUGCAAAAGUUGACAGGAGCCCCCGUCUUGCAGGAAAAUUUGGGGGGUCAAAUGAAGAAUGUGCUGGCGCGAGCAAGCGGAAGCGAACGAGCACCAAUGUAGCAUCUCUGAAAAAGCCCUUCAGUUUCAUGGCGAAUUUUCCCUCUCCGCCGUCACUCGUUAUUGGCAGCGAUGGAGAUCUGAGUCCCGCUUAUUCCUUGAACUCUUUUCAAAGUAACCAGCUGCCUCAUCGUUCUCACCCGGUGUGGAGAUGGCAGCUUGGUCAUUCAGUUGUUCCUCCCCCUCCCAGCCACAAAUUUAGAAAAGCCUCUGUUAUCCCUUGAACUGUUGUUUUGAGCUCGGGGGAAAUGUUUUAAAACUGUUACUGGCACUAUUACGCGUUAGUUUUAUUAUUUCAUUGUUGUUUUAAAUGAAUAUACUGGCCUGUUGUUAUGUAGCAAACCUCGUCCUCAUGUAGCACAGGCUGGUUUAUCGAGGUUGAGACUCUGGAAUAUACAGAGGUAUUUAUUAAACGCUGAUGUGUCAGUUUUUUACAGUCAAAAUAACAUUAUUUACAUUGUGGAGUUGUUGUUGGGUUUUUUUUUGUUGUUGUUGCCGCUGUGGUUAUGACCCGGUGGUUUGGACUCUCAUGGAGCAAAUGUUGACUCGUUUUGCAGGCAGGGUUAACAAUCUCUCGUUUUGGCAUAAUAGUGAUAGUCAGGUCUAUGUCAACGAAACAGUUGAAUUUAUCAUUAAGACAUCUGACUGUAUCUAUAGUUCGGGCGAGUCAUUUCCUUUUAAAAUUGCAUGUCCCCAAAAAGCUGUAUUUUAAAAUUACAGUAAGCGUAUCAUAUAUACCCUUGUUAUUUAUUAAUUUUAAGGGUGUUCCUCAAUUGUUGGCGCAUGGCUGUGUUCACUCACAGGCAGCACACAAUAACUUUCACGGUAGGCCCAACACAAUGGCCCUCUAACUGACAAUCAAGAGCUUUUUGAUUUGCACGAAUUCAUAGAGGGAAAACACCAAAUCGAAGUCCUUCUAUAGCACAUUCAUAACUUAAGGUACAUAACGGCUAGAGCACACAUUUACCAUGCAUUGCACUUUGCUAAUGCACAAUAAGGUGAAUUACUGCUGUUUUUUUUUUUUUUUUUUUUUUUUAGAAAAAGCCAUCACAGGUAACCCAAAAACCUUUUUAAAUGAGUAAAUUCAUUUGGUGCUAUUUCUACAACGGUAGUUUGCCUUUGAGAGAAAGGUUUGUUAGUCGUUCUUAUUUGUAAAUGUUUGAGAUUUAAACGCAGCGACCUACAUGCCUACUGCAAACAACGGUGUUUUGCAUAGGCCUACGUGACGUCAAAGAAAAGACCUCGGUGCUUUGUGGAAUAUUCACACAUUCUGGUCAGGGUAUAUUUGGUAAAUGUGUAUUUCUCUUUGACUAAAGUAGCUUUGUCUUUUUGUGUGGUGUUUUGAUUGUAUUGCCCUUUAUAUGCCUAUUUUCCAUAGAAUGUAUGGAUGAACUAAAAUCGUAACCUCAAAUAUCGGGGAAAACAUUAAAGUACUUGGUGUUCUCUAGAGUACCCUGCCCCGUAGAAAUGCCUUGUGAUGAAUGUACUGUGACGUACCAUAUUUGUUUACUUCAGCAAAAGCAGACUGCCUUCGAAACAGGCCUUUAAAGUAAAACGUUUCUGUGAUUAGAUCACCGCCAGUGAACUUUUUUUUUUUUUGAUUGCCAAGAGCUUAAAAUCAGAUACCCAACUGCUUUCGUGAUCCAAAAAACUCACUUGAAUCACAGUUUUAUGCACAAAAUGAAUACACAUCGAUUGAGUUAUAACCGAAUAAGAAUAGACUAUGCAGAGUUGGCAAAAGUGAGACUACUGAACUCACAUCAUUCUGAUAAAAAACGUAACCGACCUUAACUGCAUUAAGGCAUUGAGACGUUAAGGGUAUUGUGUGAAGUGAAAUUACAUUGCUUUGUAAAUGUUCUAAUACGCGACAUAGAGCGAAAAAAAGACAGGUGGACGAUUAAAAUAUAAUAGUUAUGUAUUUUUUUAAGACGGAUUUUUAUUUGUCCGCUCCUUCGAGCUUACAAAGACAGCAGUUUUGUUCCGUCGUGUGUCUAACAGAGAAGCUCUAUGUCGACUCAACUUCAGAGAAAUUAUUUCAAAACUAGCCAAAUUAAACUGAAUGUAUAGCGCAGAUACACCCCCCCCCCCCCCCAGUUUAACAAUUUAAAGAUCUCCAAAAAGAACAGAAAUGGGCGGUGACUUACUGUAAACAUUGUAACAUAUGAUAUACAUGAUCAGGACUGACUGUUUUUAUCCUUCUGCUUUUGCUACUAUACUUGAGGUCAGAUUUUGACAUGGACAUUUUUUUAAGCUGAAGUCACUGGUUGUUUAUAAAAUGCAUAUUUAUUUUUGUGAUUCUCUUGUUUUCUUUUUUUACAUACCAUUGUUGUGUAGGAUAAAUGCACUCGAAAUGAAAACUUGAAAAUGGAUUUG